CGGGCCAAUCAGUGAAGGCGUCGCUCAAAGAGGCGACGCUUUGAGUUUUGAUUUUAGAAGCUAACGUUAGCCGCCGAAGCUCAGCUGCUGGAAGAUGUCGGUGAAGCGGGGGAUUGGCGACUCUGAGUAUUUAAAGAAGAGGAUUCCACAGAAUCCAAAAUAUCAACAUGUAAAAACACGGCUUGAUACAGGCUCCAGCCUGACAAAGUACAUGGAGAGACUAGAGGAGGCAAGGAAAAACUACAGAUAUAGGAAGGACGAGCUAUUUAAAAGACUAAAAGUGACUACGUUUGCACAGCUGGUAAUUCAAGUUGCUUCGGUGUCAGAUCAGAAUGACAACAUUACAGAUGAAAUGGCGGGUUUAGAAGAUGAUGUUUCAGUAUUCUCUGCAUCACCGGGUCUUGACCGUCUCUCCGAUCAGACGAAUGGCUCCCCCCAGCCGACGCUUCUUCCCCCUCAGAGUAUCAACAAUGAUGAAUCCGGGGACACGGCGUUUUCUCCUAGAUCUACACUCCAAAGUGUCAUCAGUGGUGUGGGAGAACUGGAUCUGGACAAGAACGGACAGAAGCCCAUCCAACACUCUCCAGUGUCUACCUCAAGCAUUACAGAGUGCCCUUAUCCUGACUGCCCGUAUCUGUUGCUGGAUGUGCGGGACAGAGAGCAGUAUGACCAGUGCCAUAUUAUCAGUGCAUAUAGUUACCCCAUUGCAACCUUAUCAAGGACUAUGAACCCAUACACAAAAGAAGUGCUCGAUUAUAAAAAUGCAUCGGGGAAAAUCAUAAUUUUGUAUGAUGAAGAUGAGAGGAUAGCAAGUCAAGCCGCCACCACCAUGUGCGAGAGAGGCUUCGAGAAUCUCUUCAUGUUGUCAGGGGGUUUAAAAGUGGUUGCUCAGAAGUUCCCAGAGGGAAUGACAACCGGCUCCAUUCCCAUCUCCUGUCUGCCGUCACCCUCGGGACCUGGAGGCCGUAAGCGAUCGGUUCCACAGCAGACGUCACAGCCAGCAGAAAAAAAGUGGCGGUUUACUUCAGAAGACCUCAGCAGAAUCCAGCAUUACCUAGAGGAAGUAUAUAUACCCAGUGAGCCCAGCAGUCGUCUCAGCAGCAGAAUGUCCACUAGCAGUGCUCGCUCCAAAGCGUCUACAGUUCAGAGCAGUCGGCAAGGCUCGUCCAUAGCAGGAUCAGAAAGUGCUCGUUCACGGAGUAGUCGACCAUGGAAAUAACCUAUAGUUCUACCUUCAUCACUGUCAUCUUCAUUCUAAUGCAAAUAAAGCCUUUAUAUUUUACUUUAGCAGGAUUCCUGUGAACAUAGACACUCUAAACUACUGUUUUUUUUUUUGUUGUUUUUUUUUUAGUUCACUCUUAUGCCACAUGCACAUUCUCAGAACUACGCUUGGAGAAACUGAACAUUUCUUGGUUGUGGUAGUACACACAAAUGGCACUAUUUUUAUUUCAGUUUAUUCACAUAUCUUUGCACUGCAGACUCCAAAUCUAAACUACAUUUUUAAAAUCUAAAUCCGUUUCUGGCCAUUUUUUGGCAUUAUUGACCACUUAUAUUAUAAUUAUGGUACAAGACGUCUAGGGUUUGACAUCUUAUCUGUUUUAAUGCAAAUGUAGGUUCUUCUAUAUGUUACGCAAGUAAGCAGGUCUUAGUGGAAGGUCAUUUUUUUAAUGCUUUAACUGUGCUAUGACGUGAUCUGUUCAUUGAGCAUGCUGGUUUAGCUACUGUAUGUUUACUUGCUCAGUAGAUACAGUAUAUAUGCCGCAGUGCUUUAGAAAUAUUUUAGAUGUGCUGAUUUUGCCUUAAAGCCUGAGCUUGUCUGUUCGUUCAGUGCAUUUAUUGAAAUAGUUCAUGCUUUCCAAUCCAGUGCUGAAAGAUUUUCUUUCAUAAUCAGCAUCUACUCAGCUGUGAUUUGAAUUUUAUGAAAUGUAGAUGUGAUUGUGGGCAUUAAUGAAGGUGAUGAUUCUGUGUAAAACUUUGCUUUGUCUGUGUCAGAGCCUGAUGAAGGAAUUUAAAGUGCAUUUAUUGGAGUCAAUGUAUAUGAAUUUUGUGGUAGAGUGCUAUUUUUGGCCUUUGUUGUCCAUGUUUCUGUACUUAUUGACUGAAAUCAGUUAUUACCCUGUUUUAUUGUAGACUUUGUUUUAUUGACCAAUUAAGUAAUUUAAUUUAAUCUAUACAAUGAAAACUACCUGGUUUGUUACUUUGUAUUGAAGGCUGAAUAAAAUUCAAUUUUAUAUUGUAGACCCAAGUGAUGU